GUGAAACCCGGAUGUGAAUUUGUUGAGACCUACUGCAAGAAAUCCAGCUUCCCCGGAACUACUGUAUACCACAAUAACCAUAACCAAAUACUUGAGAAAAGCAAAAGGGCUACAGGAGCAUCCAGUCAAAAAAGUGUCAUCCUACUCGUAAUCGAUUCAGUUUCACACUCGAAUUUCAUUAGAAAUCUACCAAAAAGUCUGGAGGUUCUCAAUAGCUUAUACAAAUCGUAUAUUUUCGAAGGGAUGAACAAAGUUGGAGACAAUUCCUAUCCAAAUGCUAUCGCUUUUCUUGCUGCAAAAACUAGGGAAGAGUUCGGCGAUGCUGGCGGAUAUUUUGAUGAUCGACCCUUGAUAUGGAAAGAUUUUACGAAAGCGGGUUAUAAAACUUUGUAUGCAGAAGAUUAUGUUGAUUUUAAUCUGUUUACCUAUCUUGCCAAAGGAUUCCGUACUAAACCGACAGAUCACUACCUCAGGCCUUUCUUUCUGAACGUCUAUGGCAGCUACUUACAAAGAAGAAGUAAAUUCCUUUGUUAUGGAAAUCAAGCCAUUCACAAUAUUGAAUUCAAUUAUUUAUCACAGUUUUUGAGAAAAAACAAAGAUUCGCCAAAAUUUGCCCUAAGUUGGUUUAACGAAAUAGGUCACGAGUAUCUGAAUACAGUCAACGUUGCGGAUAAGGAUCUA